AUGCUUGACUUUGGCCGUGGUUCGGAAGAAGCGACCAGGACGAAAUGGAGGCCAGAAGGAGAGUCGCUCGCCCGAAGUGAACGGCACGUUCCAGUUUCUCCAACGCAUGGUGAUCUUCCGGUGGAGAUGAUGUCGCCCGAAGAAUACAAACUGCAUCAGCUUCGAGUGCGUGGCCUUCUACGAGCGGUCGAGCAAGGUCCUUCGCCUGGAUUUGAACGUAAUGAAGGACACAGAAGGCGGGAAGAGAAGUUCAAGAUUGUUCCAGUGCCGACGAGAUUCGAGCCGGCUGACGCGCUUCCGGAGCACAUGGUGAACAGAAGGGUGGCAGAUGGCCUAUUGGACGCGAUUGAAAGUGUUGAGGCUAAAUCUUCACCUCUCGGGCCAGUAGAGGCAGCGGUGAAGGAGGCGGAAGAUGAGUGGAAGCGGUGGAACCAGCGGCAGCAGAGGCAGUAUUGGGUGUGA